CGGGGGCCCCGGUGCGUCACAAGUGUGUAAACACCGCCUCGGUGCCCGCCGCUAUUUAAGGGGCCGAGGCUGAGUGAUCCCCGACUUCCCUGCUCGGGCACACUCGGCACUCGCUGCUCCUAACUCGAGUGGGACCUUGGAAAAGCGCAGCGGAAAGCAAUGUACAGCGGGCUAUGCAUCUGCGUGUUCCUCGCCGUGCUCUCGGUGAGCUCCCUCGGACAGCAACCUCUGGGCUCGCAGGAUGGGAAUCCUCUGCCUGCCGAGCUGGAGCAGAGCCUGACAGAGCAUCAGCGGCACUCCCGCGCUCCGUCCGCCGGGCCCCUGAAAUCCCUGCAACGGCUGGAUGUGAGCAGUGACCAAAGAGCCAACAUCGGCGCCCUGCUGGCCAAGUAUCUCCAGCAAGCCAGAAAAGGUUCCACUGGAAGAUUCUCAGUUAUGGGAAACAGGGUACAGAGCAUUGAUCCUACUCACAGGAUAAAUGACAGAGACUACAUGGGCUGGAUGGAUUUUGGACGCCGCAGUGCUGAAGAAUACGAGUAUUCUUCCUGAAGAACGCCAAACUAUAGCAGUGAGGGAAAAAAAAAAAUCACACUCCCAUGUCUGUACAAAAAAAAAAAAAUCUAUUUGUUGUCCUCUUCAAAUCAGUGUUUUAAAGUAUUUAAAAUCAUGUAUUUGACAUAAGUUUGUCUGUAAGACUAUACAAUGCAAUAUAUACAUAUGCAGAAUUUUCCAGAAAACAUUUUCUUUCUUUUGUGGUUUCUCAUACAUUGAUACUAUAUUAAAAUGAUUUCACUUAUCCCUUCUUGUCCUG